CGGGCCUGGUCACGGCCUGAGCACAAAGAAGGCCGGGGAGUCGGGAUCUCCGCCCGAUCGGCCUGGGGACGACAGGAGAAAGGACCGAGGAUUCCAUCCGAGAUGGUGGCGUGAGCACGGGGCGAGGAGCGGGUGGGGGAGGCUUUGCCUGGCACCGGGCGGAGGUGCCCGGAGCUCACCAGGCCAAACAACAACAACACCCAACUCCCGGGCAUCCAGCAGCCGCGACCUGGGCUGUGCCCCGUCCUAGCCGCGCUGUCAACCUGACACCCCGACCUUGGCUGGCCCCGGUCUGGCCCGAGAAGCGGCGCCCCCACCUGCCUGAGAGGCUCCGGGGAUCCGGCCUGGCCCCGAGCUGGGCACUGAAGACCUGCUUCCUGCCCCAGCCCCACCGGUGCGGAUGGGCCGCUGCCCACCGGAGUGCCAUGAAGGCAGGAUGACCUCAGCCGAAGCCAUGGAAGGGACUGGAAGUGCCCUGGAGGCUGGGCCCCCCGGGAGGUGCACCGGCAGCCCCCGGGUCCUCGGGAGGCCUGGUCGGGCCCGGGUGGCUGUGGCAGCCAUGGUGUGGGUGCUGGCAGGAGCCAGCAUGUCCAGCCUGAACAAGUGGAUCUUCACCGUGCAUGGCUUCGGGCGGCCCCUGCUCCUCUCCGCCCUACACAUGCUCGCCGCAGCGCUGGCCUGCCGCUGGAGGGCACAGCGCCCCAUGCCAGGGGGCGCCCACCGCCGAGUCCUGCUGCUCAGCCUCACCUUUGGCACCUCCAUGGCCUGUGGCAACGUGGGCCUGAGCACCGUGCCCUUGGACUUGGCACAGCUGGCCACCACGAUGACGCCCCUCUUCACGUUGACCCUGUCGGCGCUGCUGCUGGGUCGAAGACACCACCCGCUUCAGUUCGCUGCCAUGGGUCCGCUCUGCUUGGGAGCAGCCUGCAGCCUGGCCGCCGAGCUCAGGGCCCCUCCCGCCGGCUGUGGCUUUCUGCUGGCAGCCACUUGCCUGCGAGGCCUCAAAUCCGUCCAGCAGAGUGCCCUGCUGCAGGAGGAGAGGAUGGACGCGGUGACCCUGCUGUAUGCCACCUCGCUGCCCAGUUUCUGCCUGCUGGCGGGUGCCGCCUUGGUGCUGGAGGCCGGCGUGGCCCCACCGCCCACGCCCACCGACUCCCGGCUCUGGGCCUGUGUCUUGCUCAGCUGCUUCCUGUCCGUGGUUUACAACCUGGCCAGCUUCUCGCUGCUGGCCCUGACCUCAGCCCUCACCGUCCAUGUCCUGGGCAACCUUACCAUCGUGGGCAACCUCAUCCUGUCCCGACUUCUAUUCGGCAGCCAACUCAGUGCCCUCAGCUAUGUGGGCAUUAUACUGACCCUUUCUGGAAUGUUCCUUUAUCACAACUGCGAGUUUGUGGCCUCCUGGGCUGCCCGCCGGAGGCUGUGGCAGAGGGGCCAGCCUGGCAAGGGUCUUUAAGGCCUUAAGGGGGAGACUCAUGAGUCAAACUUGACCCAGGCCUAGCCUUGAACCUAACCAAGGCCACGGACAAGGAACAGAUCAGGAGGCUGCCAUGUGGGGCUGAGGGAAGAGAGCCCCCUUCUGGAAGAGCCUGAUGGGCUGGGCCAGGCCCUGCCAAGGAGAGCCCUGUGGCAUCUCUGCCUGUCUCACCCUGUCACCGACACUGGAUGGCGAGGCCACCUGGGCCUGGUCACUGAGCUGCUUACGUACCUGGUCAUGAUUACUAGCCACAAUGCUGAAUGGCCCUCACAUGCUUGGACAAUGACAGUGACUUCCGGUAUUGCACAAUCCCUCCCUAGGGGAGGCAGCGAGGAUCCCAGGGAAGGGCAUCAUACUGGACCAGCUUCCCCAAGGCCUCGAGAGUGGUCUGGGUCAACUCCAGGCAGCUGCUGCUGCUUCAUUCUUGGACCAUCUAAUUUUAAGUAUUCUGUCCUCAAAUAAACUAUUUUUGCUUGAA